AUGUCAGAGUGCCUGACAGAAUGCAAAGCGCUGGUGACUCCGUCCACGCGCAACGGCCAUCGUGUCUUCAGCUACACGCUCGAGAGCCACACGGCCGCCGCCUUCGCCAUCAUGAACGAGCUGCGUCUGGAGCGCCAGCUCUGCGAUGUGACGCUGCGUGUCCGCUACAAGGACCUGGAGGCCGUGGACUUUGUGGCUCACAAGGUGGUGCUGGCAUCGUCAUCGCCCGUCUUCAGGGCCAUGUUCACCAAUGGCCUUAAGGAGUGCGGCAUGGAGCUGGUGCCCAUCGAGGGUAUCCACCCAAAGGUUAUGAACCGACUGAUAGAGUUUGCCUACACAGCCAGUAUCUCUGUUGGUGAGAAGUGUGUGAUCCACGUGAUGAACGGUGCCGUCAUGUACCAGAUAGAUUGUGUCGUCAAGGCCUGCUGUGACUUCCUGGUCCAGCAACUCGACCCCAGUAACGCCAUCGGCAUUGCCAGUUUUGCUGAGCAGAUCGGCUGUACGGAGCUCCACCAGAAGGCCCGGGAAUACAUCUACAUGAACUUUAGCCAGGUGGCAACCCAGGAGGAGUUCUUUAACUUGACUCACUGCCAGCUUGUGAACCUCAUCAGCCACGAUGAGCUCAAUGUACACUGCGAGUCCGAAGUCUUCGGAGCGUGUGAGGCCUGGGUACGCUACGACCGAGAGAACCGGCGGCCGUACGUCCAGGCCUUACUUCACUCUGUCCGCUGCCAUUCCCUCACCCCCAACUUCCUGCAGGCACAGCUCCAGUCUCAUGACUGGGACCCCCAGUGUAAAGACUACCUUGCACAAAUCUUCCAGGACCUCACCCUGCACAAACCUACCAAACUCAAUUCUUGCCGAACUCCCAAGGUGCCACAGCUCAUUUACACGGCCGGGGGCUACUUCCAGCAAUCUCUCAGCUACUUGGAGGCAUACAAUCCCUGCACAGGGUCCUGGCUCAGGCUAGCAGACCUGCAGGUACCUCGUAGUGGCCUAGCAGCUUGUGUCAUCAGUGGGCUUUUCUAUGCCGUGGGUGGGAGAAACAAUGCCCCAGAUGGUAACAUGGACUCUAAUUCAUUGGACUGCUACAACCCCAUGAACAACUGCUGGUUACCAUGCACGCCCAUGAGCAUGCCCAGAAACCGAAUAGGUUUGGGAGUCAUUGACCGCAUGAUAUACGCCGUGGGUGGAUCACACGGGUGCAUUCACCAUAACAGUGUAGAAAGGUAUGAUCCAGAAAGGGACCAGUGGCAACUGGUAGCCCCCAUGUUGACACGACGUAUCGGAGUUGGCGUGGCUGUUAUCAACAGACUUCUGUACGCCGUUGGCGGCUUUGAUGGGACUAGUCGGCUAAGCUCAUGCGAGUGCUACAACCCAGAGAGGGACGAGUGGAAGACCAUGGCCUCAAUGAACACCAUGCGUUCUGGAGCUGGUGUAUGCGCUCUGGACAAUCACAUUUUUGUGAUGGGCGGGUAUGAUGGCACAAACCAACUAAACACAGUGGAGCGCUACAAUGUGGAAACAGAUACAUGGAGCUUUGCUGCCUCUAUGAGGCACCGACGCAGUGCUCUGGGAGUCACUGCUUUACAGGGACGCAUCUAUGUUUUGGGAGGUUACGACGGCAGCACGUUUCUUGACAGCGUGGAGUGUUAUGACCCCGAGAAGGACACUUGGUCGGAGGUAACGCACAUGACGUCGGGGCGUAGUGGCGUUGGUGUGGCCGUUACCAUGGAGCCCUGUCAGAAGGAUUCGCCUCGGUGUCCCUCGUCUCAGCGCGAAACCAAAGGAGCUUCACAAUACAAUCAGCAACACACCACACUGUAA